AUGUCACGCCAAAAAUUGUCGGACAUCCUCCCCACUCUCGCCUUUGGCACCGCAACAUUCAACCAGCAAUUCAAUGCAGACCCCUACGCCUUGAGACCCAAUGACAUAGUAGCGAAAGCAUUGGAGUCUGGUAUCCGCGCCUUUGACACCAGUCCAUACUAUGGUCCUGCAGAAACAAUCCUCGGCAACGCAUUACACAGUCCACUGAUCCGCUCAUCACCUACUCUGCGUUAUCUGAGGCGAAGCGACUACUUCAUCUUGACAAAAUGCGGACGAAUCCGAGGUGAUGAGUUCGACUACAGCGACAGCUGGGUCCGCUUCAGUGUGAAACGAAGUUGUCGACGGUUAAGGACAACUUAUCUGGAUGUUGUCUACCUACAUGAUAUCGAGUUUGUCUCGCCUCAACAAGUCGUCAGCGCGAUACGCACACUUCGAGCGCUGAGGGAUCAAGGCCUGAUAAGCGUGCAGAACCAGAAGGCGCUGGGUGUGUUGCGGAGAGUGAUCGAUGCAGGAGUUGAUGUUGUCACGAAUUCGAGUCCACUGGGAAUGGGACUGUGUAGAAGUGCGGGCGUGCCACUAGGAGAGACCGAUGGCGCGUGGCAUCCAGCUCCGGAUGCAUUGAAAAGUAAAUGCAAAGAGGCCGCGGAUUGGAUCGAGGAGGAACACAAAGAGAAGCUGGAAGACAUUGCAUUGAGAUGGGCUAUGGAGAGUUGGUUGACGAAUGGUGCAGAAGCAGGAACAAGGGGGCCUAGCCCAGAAGAAGCAACGGCUGUGCUCGAGCAACGCGCCAAGGCAGCGGAUGAAGGCGGUCGAGAUGUGGUCAGUACACAUGGUGAACAGGCGCCACAACGACAACGAGUAGGCAUGUUCGUGAUGGGAGUCAGCAAAGUCAGCGAGCUGGAACACACCAUGGCAAUUCACAGAUCCAUCAUAACUGCGCAGGACAAACCACAAGACUCCAGAAGAGAGCAUAUCGAGCAAGUAACCAGGCAUAUACGCGAACACAUUCUAGGUCCCAAGUGGACAGAUUUUUCGUGGGACUCCCCGGACCCAGGCUUCACCAACACGCGGAAGACAUUUGGAGUAUCAGAGCUUGAACAGGCCGAAGAAGACGCUGACGCUGAGAUUGCAGCAGCCAAGAAUGAUAUGAUGGGUGUGCGGCAAGACCCGUCGUCACGUUCGGGAUCUGAUAUCGAGCCAGGAACGAUAGUGGUUACGGAGGAAGAUCUGGUGUGUCCUGUUACAGGGAUGAAGGGGAAGAUGCCGUCUGGUCACAGUGCGAAAUCGAGCAGUAUCGAAGUCAAAGAGUUGUCAUAA